UCAAAGUCGAAUUUCACAUUUGUAACUUUUUUUAACCUCGUGAAUUAUUAUAUUGUUACCGGUUUUAAGGGCGCCCUCAAGCGGCUAAGUGGCUUCACUGCAUCUUUUAAGGCAACUUUUUCUUUCGACUUUUUUUUGUUGAUUUCUGGCAUAAAAUAGAGGAGAAUUAAUGUUUCUCUGUUGUCGUUGUUGUGUUUGUGCUUCAGUCUGUGUACGAACCUGUGAGGAGAGGUGAUUUGAUGAGGAGCCGUCUUUGUUGGACUCAUUCCAGUUGGUACAAGCUGUCCAGUAGGAAUUACUCAUUAGAUAAGGUGGUAUUUCUGUCGGUGCUACUGAUUUAAACAUGAAUAUUGGGCCUGUGUGUAGAUCACAUACAGGGACAUAAAUAUUUUUUUAAAUAAUUUAAGUGUUUGAGCUUCUAUUGAAAAGGAGAAGGAAAGAAAACCCCAAACUUUGCCUCGCCUACAGCCAUGUGUUUCCAGAUCCACUCCGAGGGUCACACCGAGGUUGACACGGAGUGCAGAGCCUUGAAACACGCAGGCAUGAGAUGAAAUGUGAGGAAUGAGAAUCCUGAGCAGCAUUCUCCAAAUGGCCAUACUGUAGUAAGAUGACGUGCUGCCGUGCAUUGCAUCUAACAGCUGUGCAGUCAGAUUGUGGAGUGUCUGCGCACAGUGCGCAGCGGAGAACCGCCUUUUUCCUCCAAGGUUGUGCUUUUGGUUACUUACGGUAAGGUGGACCCGCAGUGUCCACUGAAGGAUCAGGUGAUCCACUAACUACGGAGCGAAGGCUGGCCGGGGGAAAAUGCAAAAUGACAUAUAGUAAAUGUCGGAGCCUAAUUCAUUUCCAUUUUGGCCUCAAAUUCGGACCUAAAUCGCCCCGCUGGAGCUCCAGUGUGACGAUGGCUCGUUAGGGCUGGUGGCGGCGCGACGGCGAUUGUUUUUUGGUGACAUUUUAAUUUAUGAAAAACCACAUCCACUGGGAUAUAUUGCUUUCAACAUGGGGCUGUGCUACAGUUUGCGUCCCCGGCUCUUCGGGGACCUGAGCGGCUCUAUCUCCAACGCUACCUCGGACUCGGACCAGCCUCCGGACGCCGUGCCGACGCGCGCCGGGGGAGCUCGGCCGGAGGACACCGGGGGAUGCGGGGAGACUUCGUCGCUACGCGCCGGCGGCGGCCCGCUGCGCCCCGGGGACUCUGGCAGGCUCCCGGCCGGGGAGCACCGCCGUGGAGACACCGGUACCGAUGGUGUUUUGAUACAAAACGGAGGCGGUGGUGGUGGAGGUGGUGGCGGCGGAGGAGGAGUAGGAGGUGGCGGCGGCGGCGGUGGAGGAGGCAGCGGCAAAGGGACAGGGAAAGACCGCAGCCGACGUUUGCAGCUACUGCAAAAGACCAGCACCCAAAAGCAGAAAAACUGGGACAAAUUGCUGGUGGAGGAGAAGGAGGCCGAGAAGGAGGCGAAGAAAGUGAGUAAGACCAUUGACAGGGAGCUGAAGGAGCAGAAACGGGAGUACAAACAGACGCAUCGACUGCUGCUGCUCGGUGCGGGAGAGUCCGGAAAAAGCACCAUUGUGAAGCAGAUGAGGAUUCUACACGUCAACGGCUUCAACGCAGAAGAAAAGAAACAGAAAAUUCAAGAUAUUCGGAAAAACGUGAAGGAUGCCAUAGUGACUAUAGUGUCUGCGAUGAGCACUUUAAUACCCCCUGUCCCGCUAGCCAACCCAGAGGACCAGUUCAGAAUCGAAUACAUCAAAAGCAUAGCACCUCUCUCGGACUUUGACUAUUCACAGGAGUUUUUUGACCACGCAAAGAAGCUGUGGGACGACGAAGGAGUGAAGGCAUGUUUUGAGAGAUCCAACGAGUACCAGCUCAUCGACUGCGCACAAUAUUUCCUGGACAGAAUUGACUCUGUAAGACAGAGUGACUACACACCAACAGACCAGGACCUGUUACGCUGCCGAGUGUUAACUUCAGGGAUUUUUGAAACGAGGUUCCAAGUAGACAAAGUCAACUUUCACAUGUUCGAUGUUGGAGGGCAGAGAGACGAGAGGAGAAAAUGGAUCCAGUGCUUUAACGACGUCACUGCUAUCAUCUUCGUGGUGGCCAGCAGCAGCUACAACAUGGUAAUAAGGGAAGACAACAACACCAACAGGCUACGGGAAGCCCUGGAUCUCUUCCGCAGUAUUUGGAACAACAGAUGGUUACGCACUAUAUCUGUCAUAUUGUUCCUGAACAAGCAGGACAUGUUAGCUGAGAAAGUAUUAGCUGGAAAAUCCAAAAUUGAAGACUACUUCCCUGAAUAUGCUCGCUACACCAUACCAAAUGAAGCAACUCCUGAACCUGGCGAGGACCCACGAGUGACGAGAGCUAAGUUCUUCAUCAGAGACGAGUUUCUUCGGAUCAGCACUGCGAGUGGCGACGGCAGACACUACUGCUACCCACACUUCACCUGUGCUGUGGACACAGAGAACAUCCGGCGGGUGUUCAACGACUGCCGGGACAUCAUCCAGAGAAUGCACCUGCGGCAGUACGAACUCUUGUGAUGCCACAGCGUCUCCGUCAGCCUUCUGUGUUUGUUUUUUUUUUUUCUUUUUUUUUUCUCCACCGUUGUGCAUCCUUGACAAGCCCCACCUCCUCCUGAAUCUUAACCUUCACCCUUCUGCUCUCCCCCCAAAGACACCCUCUGCCCUCCUUCUUGUCGAGGACUAUGAAGUACUACUGAAGUGUGUCAAAUACUCUUCCUCUUCUUAACUUUUCUACUUUUCUUUUUUGUCCCCUCUCUCUCUCUCUUCAUCCCCAUUUUACUGAAGUUUGGGGAACACAGCUUUUUUUGUGUGCUGCUUGUUUUUUUUUAAAGCUUUGAUUUUUGUCAUUCCACUAAGCCUCGGGCUACCUCCUUUUUUUCUUUUUUUUUUUUUGCUUUGCACCUUUGCUUUUACUCCUGUCAUUGGACCUGGACAGGUGGGUGUGGUUCUAGGAACAUGCCUACAGGACCUCAGUGUGGAGGCAGUGUGAGUUAGUGUGACAGAACUGUGAGUGUGUGUGUGUGUGUGUUGUUUGUGUGAUACCUGCUGCAUAAAGCCGGCGUCACCACCACCACGACUUUUGCCUCUUUUUUUUUUUCUCGCCUUUUUUUUUUCCCCACCCCUGCCCUUCCUCCUCCUCCCACCCGCUGCUUCUCUCCGGACGCCGUAGACGACAAGGGGAAAGAGGGAGGAGUCGAGUGGAUGAUGAGAUAAAUGCACUUUGCAUCAGGUUCCUUAAACAUUUUUUUUUCUCUUUUGGUUGUUGACAUUUUUUUUCUCCAGAGGAAGCAUACACACAAUGUAGCAUCACAAUAUUUAUUACCCUGUCACGACGUUAGCUUGCCGAGCUGCAGGGCGUAGACCGAGCAGCCGAGAGACACGUGGAGCCAAAAGGACGGGGAGGAAAAUAAAAAAUUUCCCAGGUAGACGCUGAUGAAGGAUUUAUAAAUGAAGGAAAAAGGACGGAGCUCUCUGCACCUUAGCCCUGCUGCCUCCACAGACUCGGACCUGACUCCGUGUUUUGCCCCCGCCCCCACACACAGAUCAUCCUUUUAGCUUAGAGACACUGACGAUGGGAGGGAAGGGAGGGAGAGAAAACAAUGUAUUGUUCUGAUUUUUUUUUCUUUGUUUUUUGUUAACUUGUACACUGUGCAAGGUGGAAUUAUCCUGUACAGACUGUAAAAUGUAAUAUUAUUUUGUACAACUUAAUUGAAAGAAAAACAAAUCUACUUGUAGAUCUUUGUGCCUUGAUUAUGGCUGUACCUGUAAAUGAGCUCAGAUGUAAGUAUGUUUUCGACUGCGCUGUACAGCUUGAUGUCAAAAACUCUUAUCGGCAGCAGAAGACUGCGGGUAGGAGACUUUCUCUGUAGAGUUUAGUUUUUUCUGGUUUAUAAAAAAAAGGAAAUGCUGUUUAGUAAAAAAAAAAAAAAAACAUAGGGAAAAAAUCCUAAAAACCUGUAUACAUUAUGCAAAUUAACCACUUACCUGCAGUGAAGACCAGAUGUUGCAGCGCCAUGCCUUUUUUUCUUCUUUUAUCGGUUUUAAUUUUUUUUCUCUUUCUUUAUUUGAUUUUUUUAAAAUUUUAUUUCACAGCUUUAAACCAACAUUGGGAAUCCAUUGAAAGUGUCCAAAUUGCAACCUGGUGUUGUUUUAAUAGGAACCAACUUUUUUCUUUUCUUUUCUGUUCUUUUUUCUUCUUUUUUUUUGGAUAUGAAGUGUGCGUUUGUGUGUGUGCGUGUGUGAAAGAGAUCUGUACUGAUGAGCGUGCCUGUGCGCAUGUGUACAUAAAACAAAACUAGACUCACAGACACAUUGUGUGUGUGUGCGCCUGUAUGAGGACGAGUGUGUAUAAAAAUUUUAUAAAUGUAUGUACAUGUAAAUUUAUAGGUCUAUAUAAAUAUAUAUGUACAAUUAUACAUGUUUAAUUAUGUGUGUGCCUAGGUGUACAUACCUAUGUAUGUAUACGGUAAAUAUGUAUACAUACACACAUAGGAAAGCAUGUUUUAGAAUGGAGAUGAAUAAAUGAGAGCGUGCAAUAUUAGUACAAUUCUUUGGUCCUUUGGAGCCAUUCUGGAUGGCACAGGCACUAUGAAUGUGUGUGAGCAGCACCCAACAAGACGAGCUCUUCUCCUUGUACAAACAGCAUCAGCCUUUUUCUUCUGCUACAGUAACACGUCUAUCCCCGAGAGACAGACAGACCGAGAGAGAGAGAGAGAGAACUGACUGGAGGUGCAAAAAACCUUGUUUUUGGCCUGGGAGGAUGAUUAAAUGACAUUUUUAUUUUCUUUAAAUAAAGAGGCACAUUAGAGGACUUUGCUUUAUUUCCAUCUUGGUGUCCACUCCUGUCUGGGUUUUUUGUUUUGUUUUUUUUUCCCCCUUUGCUUUCCAGAUGUAGAUGCCAGGGAAUGACCUUAGCACAGUGGGGUAAGUUGCCUCUGAGGCAAUUUUGACAGUCCUUUAAAAUAUGUACUGUUAAUUGUAAUCAUGAUAAUAUUAAUAUAUUUUUACUGUACUGUGUGGAAACAAAAAGUGUCCAUCCAGGCUUCCGUACCACACAAUAUCUCUCUUUGCACAGGUAAGGCAUGUCAGUUCUAACGUGUUUGAUGGAAAAACAACUGAAAAGAUUAAAAGAAAUUAUUCCAGGAAAAUAGUUUAAAAAUUAUUAUAUUAUUUUCUGGUUUACCAUCUAAAUCCAGCACGUGACGAUUAAAACAAACUAGAUAAAACGUUGGCAAUAAUAUGAGAAUGGUAAAAGUUAGCUAAGAAUUAGCUGAAAGUGAUGCAAUUGGGAGUUACUCUGUGGCCUAAGCCCCAGAAAUAGUAAACAGUUAAAAUGUUGCCAAUGUUUAUCUUAGAAAUACAUUACUGGGACAAUUGUUUCCUACUUUUAAACAUAUUGAGCUGUAAAUUAAUGUUUUUCUCUUCAUAAUCUCUGUCUUGAAGACAAACAGGCAAAUUUAGGGGCAACUAUCACAGUGGUAUGCAGGCUAAUUAAUCCCAUUAUUAUUUAUUAUUGAUUCUUGAUCACAGAGUAAAACAAACCCGCUCGAAACACCUUACGUGUUCUAGUAUUAUUUCCUUAUUACAAUGAAAGGUUAUUUAUGAUUUUUUUCCGCAAAACUAAAGUUUUAAUUCGUUGUCCUGUGGCUUAGGUCGAAGCAUUUCCGGACUAUCAAGUACCAACCGGAAGCCGGAAAGCAGCGUUCCUAAAAAAAUGGACAUAGCCGACACUUUUGAAGUCUUUCAGAGCUGCAGAAACAGGAAACAAAUGAACUAAAGUGACAGGAGUGUAUUAACUGGACAUAAAGGAGGCAGAGAUGUGGUAACAAAUUGAAUGCACCUGAAAGGAAACAAGGAGGCAGGAGUCAAACAAAAGAAAUGGAACCACGAUCCUGGAAGGUCAAGGUGAUCUGUGCAAAAGUCAUCUACAGGAGCUCAUGUUUCAUCUUUUCACCCAGGAUUAGAGAAAACACCCAUGUGGCAGAAACGUACCCGUAGUCGGCCACUUUCCACACGGUGUAGUUCUUGACCACAGAGCAAGAUUUAAAGAAGGUGCAGGUGCCACACUGGUUGAAGAGCUCACACUCUGUCACCAGUCAAAACAACAACAAGAAAACCUAUACUAAACCUCUACAUCAGUGGUGUCCUAGGACUUUGUCAGGACCCGAGGAUAAAAUGUUGUUGCAGGUCUCAUCGGGGAUGCCGCUCUUGUGGGCGUAGGCGUACACCCCCACGUGAUCUCCUCCAUAACAAGAUCCCGCCCUCCCACAGUCAAUCACGUUCUGGACCGACAGCCAAAGCGCUGGUGGCUCCCAUGGCCCAGCAGGAACCACAGUACUGUGGGAUGUGUUGGUUCCUUGUGACGCUCACAUAAUUCUUCCCCUGGACGUUCCUCCAGUCCCACGACGGAGGAAGCACUGACGCAUUCACAUCCACGCGAGGCCAGGCCCACGGUUGUGCGAGAUGAAGGGUAUGGAUACUACUGGGUAAGGAGGAUCCCCAAAACUGAAAAGAGUCGGGAUGGCAUUGGGCUUCAACUUCUUCCCCCCGGCUGGAGACCUGGCUAUCUCUUCAAACUGACUCUGCUCAAAAUGAUCCUUGGAGGCAAAACAUUUGGUUUGAAAAUCACAUUAAUACAAUACAUACAAUUAAGUUUUUACAAAUGAGUUUGUAUUACAUACCAAUAUUUUCACAACUUAAUGACAUUAAUUUCGUUUUUGUUUUUUGUUUAUGGCCAAAACUUACCACAGGGAUUAAUGUAUAAUUAUUGCACAUUACACAUCCCUGAUCUAGAUGGGAAUUUACCUGACAGAGUCUGGAGUGAGGAGUUGGCUCAAAGUCCCGACGACAGUUCACCACCCACUUCUUUUUACGGACAGGGUCUUUGGGAAACCUGAAGAGUUGCUUCCCUAUACUGGUUGAAUUGGAGCAGUUUGGAGCAGAGCAACCGCCCAUUGCAA